AUGGAAAUGAAGGAAAUUGUCUUAAUUUUUAUUGCGUCUUCCUUAGUUACGGCGCACGUGGCUACGGAUUGGUCUAAAAUUAUUACUACUCAUGAAGCACCUCAUCAGCAUACAUCCUCUGAAGAUAUAAAGAUAGUGGGAGGGCUUGAAGCUGUACCAAACUCUAUACCAUACCAAGCCGCUUUAAUUCUCUUUUACAAAGAAGAAACGAGGCUCUGUGGUGGAUCCCUAAUCACCAGAAGAUACGUAUUAACAGCGGGGCAUUGUUUGGUGGAUGAACUUGUAUCGUUAUAUGUAAUUCUGGGGGCGCAUAAGUAUGGUGAAGAUGAACCUACUCAGCAAAUCAUUUCAACUUCCACAUUCAAAGUGCAUGAACAGUUUGAUGGUGGACCACUAGCGAACGAUAUAGGCAUAGUCCAUCUUCCAACACCGGCCAAUCUCAAUCAGUACGUUCAACUGAUUGCACUUCCCCGCAGAGCUGACGUUUCGAAAAGUUUCGCAGGAUCUGAGGCAGUAGUAAGUGGUUGGGGACGCAAUUCUAGUAAUGAUAACGAUGUUAGUAACGUAUUACGAUAUCUCAAUGUUCCAUUCUGUCAAACGACAUGUGUAACGUAGACAGGGUGUCCAUUAUUUGUACUGGAGGAGCGGGCAGAAAAGGGACUUGCUAUGGAGAUUCCGGCGGACCUCUUGUGACCAGUGGAAAAUUGGUUGAAACCAUUCACUGCCACCC